AUGUCAACGGUUUUCUUCUUCUUCUUUUUAAUCUUGAAUAGUUGUUAUGCAUUCGAUGCUGGUUUUCUUGAUUUAAAACCAUCUGUUCGAAAAGAUGAAGAUACUACACAUUAUGAAAUAACUGUUUGUGCUCUUUGUCGUGUAACUAUUGAUUAUUUGCAAUCAGUAUAUAAAAUUGAUACAAAAUAUUUAGAAGUAAAAUUUAAUGUAACAAAUGGUCAAUGUGAUAAAAAUCUUGUUUAUGAUAUCGUUAGUAUUUUAACAAAUUCUCAACAAACUGGUGUUAAUCCAUGGCAAUAUGCUACAACAAUUCGAACAAUUGCUUCAUCAAAUACAAAAACAGAUUUAAAAGAAGUAUUUAAAUCCGAGAGUCAUUUCGAUAGUGAAACAUUUCUUGGUGGAUCAAAAUUAGUUAUGAAAAGAUAUGAAGCAACAGUAGACAGUGUUUUAAAAGCAGAUGAUUAUGAUCAAGCACGGAAAACAUUCGGAGAGAUGUUACAUACAUUACAAGAUUUCUAUAGUCAUUCAAAUUAUAUUGAACUUGAAUAUACAUCACCAAGUGAUGUUCUUGGUCAACGACUUUUUCAAAAAGAAGAAUAUGCAUCAGUUGAUAUGAGAACAUGUAUUAGUUGUCAGGGUGUAGAUUGUCAAACAAAACCAAAUUUAGAUGUCAAUAUUCUUAAAAACAAAUUACUUACUACGGGUUAUUUCAUCCCAAAAGGUUUAGGUACUAUUAUAGGAAAAAAACCUAAAGGUAAAUGUUCACAUGGAGGAUUUUUUGAUGGUUCUGCAACAAAUGAACCAAUUGGUGGUAUUAAUAAAGAUAAAUUAGAUUCUGUUCAUGGUCAUUUACAUUAUCAAGCAGCAGAAAUGGCUUAUAAAGCUACCAGAAAAAUUCUCAAUGAAUUUCGACAAGUCAUUGGUGAUGAAGCUUUUGGUUUAUUCUUAACAUUAAAAAAAAAUUUAAAUAGUCUUAUUAUAUCAAUUGAUACAGCAUGUUCAAUGGCUGAUUAUACUGAAUUAGCUAAAGAGAUAUCAAUUAAUAUAGUUAAACAGUAUGGUCAAUUAGAAUAUGCUCCACAUAAUUAUAUAUUAAUAACAUUUAAUAGUGAUAAAGCUGAGAUUAUGGUAAAUUCACGUAAUCCAAAUGAUUUAACAAUUGCUAUUCAAAAUUUAAAAACAUGUGAGAAAAAAAAUUCAACAGAUGGUGAAUUAUAUUAUCAUAGUCUUGUUGAAGGAUUAAAACAAUGUGAAUAUGCAUCAGUUAUUUAUACAUUUACUGAUUCAAUAGCUAAAGAUGCUUAUUUAAAACAUCAAGUACGUGCUUUAUUAAGAAAUAAACGAGCUGUUGUUUAUUCAUUUAUGGGUGAACAAAUAAAAAGACGUAUAUUUAAUAAAAUUGAUCCAUUAGAUGAAAAUAAUAAUGAUUUUGAUUUCGCAUCAAUCAGUGGUGGUCUUACUUUUCCUAUUAAUAUUAAUGAUCGAAUAGUUAUUUCUGAAUUUAUUCUUCGUCGAUUAGAAUGGACAAGAUUACAAACUAUAUUUAUAUCGAAAUCGAAAUCAAUAUCAACAAGAUUUUAUGUUGAUUCAUCGAUUAAUGAACUCUAUUUAGAUAUUUCAUCAAUGGGAGAAAUUAAAAAUAUUAAUCAAAUUCAAUUACGUAAACCUGAUAAUUCUCUAUAUAUACUAACAGAUAAUGUUAUUCAUUCAAAACAUUUAUAUAUGUGGAAAAUCUUACAACCAAAUGUUGGCGUAUGGUCAUUAAUAACAGGAAAUUUAUCUCAAGAAUUUGAUUAUGAUAUUCAGAUACAUAGUAAAACAAAUAGAAUUUGUUCGUCAACUUUACAAAAACAAUUCGAAUCUGAUAAAGAUAGUAAUGGUUAUACUCAAUUAACCACAGAACCACUUCUUGAUUCUAAUUUAAUAAUAUUAACAACAUGUGAAAAUGUUCAAUAUAGUAAUGUUACUAUUUCUCUUAUCGAUCAAUUUGGAUAUAUUAUAAGAAAUUAUUUACCUUUUCAAUCAGAUCAACUUGGAAUAUUAACAAAUAUUCGUAUUCCUCAACAACAAUUUCGUAUUCAAACAAUUAUUACAUUAAUUAAUGGGGAACAAAUUCAACGUAUUGAAAAACAACUUAUUUCACCAACAAUAUUUACAAUUGAAUUAAAUGAUCAACCAUAUAUUAUAUCACAAGGUGAAACAAUUCAAAUGAAUUAUACAAUUAAAAGUGCCCUAUCUAAUCGAGUUACUGUACGUUUACAAAUUAUUGAUACAUUGAAAAUAAUUAGUAAUGAUGGGAUUAUUAAAGAUUUAACUUUUAUUAAUCAAACAUCUGGAAUGAAUUUAAUAACAUUAUCAAAAGAUUAUAAAGAAAAAUUAAUAACAGAUUUAGUUAUAUUUACGAUAACUACACAAGAUAAUCAAACAAACAAAUAUUCAUAUGAAAAUGAUGAAAUUGUUUCCGUUUAUUUAGAAACAAAUUUAGCAUCAACCAGAAAAACAAUCAAUUAUUUAACAAUUUCCUUUCUACUAUUAAAUUUAGUUUUAAAAGAAACAAAUCACUAA